UGUGCGCACUGCAGCGUCUCUGCGCCACUGGGUGCUGCUCUGAAGUCCAACCACAGCCCAGCUCCUCUUUUCACCGGGACGUGAUGGACCUGUGACGGAGUCCGGUCGAAGCUGCGCUGCUCACUGAGCCAGAGCCCCGGCACCGCUUCCACUGGCCAACUUUAAAUUGAGGAUGACUUUAUUGUUGCUUUUCAUUCUGACUGUCAGUCAGUCAGCGGCCACGGGACACGGGCACGUUUAUACAAACCACUGGGCGGUGAGGAUAACAGGUGGUGCGGAGCAAGCUGAUAAAGUCGCAGCAAAAUAUGGAUAUAGAAACCUGGGACAGAUAGGAAGCCUUGAGGAUCAUUACCAUUUCUACCACAGCAGGGUGGUUCGCAGAGCGACAUUCUCUUUGAAGGGCCCCCACAGCUUCAUCCAUAUGGAUCCCAUGGUGGACUGGGCCCAGCAGCAAGUAGCAAAACCACGCGUGAAGAGGCAUGCCCCACGUAACCAAGACCUCAUUCAUUUCAAUGACCCUAAAUGGUCCAACAUGUGGUACAUUCACUGCAACAACAAGAGCAGCCGCUGUCGCUCCGAGAUGAACAUUUUACCAGCGUGGCAGAGGGGCUACACUGGCAAAGAUGUGGUGGUCACCAUACUGGAUGAUGGCAUUGAAAGGAACCACCCUGAUCUGGCUCAGAACUAUGACCAGCUGGCAAGUUAUGAUGUCAAUGGAAAUGACCAUGAUCCCACACCACGUUACGACUCUCGCAAUGAAAAUAUACAUGGAACUCGAUGUGCAGGUGAAGUUGCAGCAGCAGCCAAUAACUCCCAUUGCAUCGUCGGGGUUGCCUACAAUGCUCACAUUGGAGGGAUUCGAAUGCUGGAUGGUGAUGUAACUGAUAUAGUAGAGGCCAAGUCCCUGGGAGUGCAACCUGACUACAUCGACAUCUACAGCGCCAGCUGGGGCCCAAGAGAUGAUGGCAAGACAGUGGAUGGCCCGGGGCCACUAACCAAGCAGGCUUUUGAGCAAGGCAUCAAGAAGGGCCGCAAAGGUCUGGGCUCUAUUUUCGUCUGGGCCUCAGGUAAUGGUGGUCGGCAGGGCGAUCACUGUUCAUGUGAUGGUUACACCAACAGUAUCUACACCAUCUCCAUCUCCAGCACCACAGAGAAUGGAAACAAGCCGUGGUACCUCGAGGUCUGUAGCUCCAUCAUAGCCACCACCUACAGCAGUGGAGAGUUUAAAGAGAGGAAAAUUAUGACCACUGACCUCCGGCAGUGCUGCACAGAAGGCCACACUGGCACUUCUGUCUCUGCUCCCAUUGUGGCUGGAAUCAUAGCUCUUACCCUGGAGGCCAACCUUUUGCUGACAUGGAGGGAUGUGCAGCAUCUUCUGGUCAACACUUCCAGACCACUCCACCUGAAAGCUGAUGACUGGAAGACCAAUGCUGCUGGACACAGAGUCAGCCACUUGUAUGGUUUUGGCCUGGUGGAUGCAGAGGCCAUGGUGCUCGAGGCUAGGAAGUGGAGGACUGUUCCUCCUCAGCAUACAUGCAGUCAGAUGCCUGAGCGACACACCAGGUACAUCAGCCGCAGCCUGAACAGCAGCAUUACAACCUCUGGGUGUUCGGAAGACCCUGAGCAGCAUGUGGAUUACUUGGAGCAUGUGGUGGUCAAGGUCCUAAUUGUCCACCCACGACGAGGAGACCUGGAGAUCAACCUCAUCUCUCCAUCUGGGACGAGAUCACAGCUACUAGCCAAGAGGUUGUUUGAUAGUUCCAGUGAGGGUUUCAGGAACUGGGAGUUCAUGACUAUUCAUUUUUGGGGUGAGAGGGCAGAGGGCUUGUGGUCUCUGGAGAUUACUGACUCACCAUCAAGGCCACGCAGACCUGAGGUGUUGGGCAAACUAAAAGAAUGGACAUUGAUCCUUCAUGGCACCUCCCAGAACCCUUACCAGCCCUACAGUACUCAGCACCACCAUUCAAGUCUUUUGGAAACCCCAGGCCCAGAUGAGGUCCUGGAGGAGCCAGAGCUCCAAGACGAGGAGAAGGAGGAGUACAAUGGACCCUGCCACAGUGAGUGUGGAGACCAGGGCUGUGAUGGACCAGAUGCUGACCACUGCCUCAACUGUAUCCAUUUCAGCUUGAGCAGGUCAAAAAAUGACAGAGCCUGCGUGAGCCACUGUCCACUGGGACACUACGAGGACACAGUGUCCCGUCGCUGUAGACGCUGCCAUAAAGGCUGUGAGAAGUGUGUUGGCCGAUCAGCCGGAGACUGUCUCUCCUGUCGCAGAGGCCUUUACCUCAACACACUCAGCUCCAGCUGCAUUGAUACCUGCCCCCCAGGUUACUUUGCUGAUAACUAUCAAAAACAGUGUUCGAAGUGUCACGACACCUGUAGGAGAUGCCUGAGGUACGCAGACAGAUGCAGUGCCUGUAAUGAAGGCUACAGUCUGGCAGGGGUGACUUGUGUCCCUGAAUGCACCAAUGGAACCUUUUUCCAUCUGGAAGAGAUGAUGUGCAAGCCAUGCCAUUCAUCUUGUAGGACUUGUACAGGGCCGAGUGAGGAGAAGUGUAUCCAGUGUGCUGAGGGCUACCUGCAGCAGGAGUGGAGGUGUGUACAGACCUGUAGCCCUGGCUACUACUCUGAAGAGGCAGCAGGAGUCCCUAAUAACAUGUGUCACAGAUGUGAGCAAAACUGUCUGAGCUGUGGAGGCCCCGGAACGACUUGCACCAAAUGCAAAGAUGGCUAUAGUCUGGUCAGCAGGACUUGCAUCGCAAAUGCAUCGUGUAAUAAUGCUGAUGAAAUGUUCUGCGACAUGGUCAAGUCCAACCGUCUGUGUGAGAAGAAGCUUUACCGUCAGUUCUGCUGCCGUACCUGUAUGAUGAACGGAUGACGAGCCAACCACCUGACACCUGUUUCUCUCUUACAUAGUCAGCAUUAAAAGGAAAUAACAACAAAUUGUAUCAAAGUUUGAAAAGAGCUCUUCAGUUACUGUUCUGCAGGUUGCUAAAGAUUUUCAUAGAUCUCCUUAAAACAGUGCCUGCAGUAUGUGGAAUGUGUACAAAUUCUCAAACACCUACUGUAUUGAACAAAACUGCAUUAUAAUGAAUGUUCUUUUUACAACAAAACAAAGUACUGUUUAAAACUGUUUUUACUCAAAUGUAAGGAGGAAUGAAGCUGGUAAUCGUGAUUUCUAAGGUUUUUCUUUUUUCUCAGCCAUAUACAGGCAGAUUCCAUACCAGAUAAUAUAACCACGUAUCUAAUGGACCAAUAAAUGUAAUAAGCAUAAUUAUCAUAAUUACAAAAGACACAAAGACCAAACUAUACUAGAUGGACUACAUUUAGCAUCUACCAAUUUUUGAAGAAAUAUUCCAGCUAAUGAAUGAAUUAUCUUACUAUGAGCAGCCAGUAAAUGAACCAACUCAUUAAUGUUACGUAUGAAGACACACCUGCAGGGCUUUGUCAUCACUGACUUAGCAUAAUGCAGUCCAGUACAACACCACCUUUAACUAUGACCUCACUAACAAACAUAUAAUUGAAUUUACACAUUUAUGACAAUUUCAACAAAAACUGAAACACUUUGAGCUUCAUAUACACAGAUGUUGAGGCAGAAAUGUUGCAUUGAAUUGCUGGUGAGUGUAGAAGAAUAUGCACAGACAUUGAAGAACCUUUCCUAACUUUUAUCACAGUGUUAGUUGCAUAACCUUGAAAAUGUUACUGUGCAGAUGCCUUCAUCCUACAAACUGAUAAAAGUUGGCUUUGACAACCUGUUUUAUUGAAUAGCUAUGCACACUUGUUGGUCGUUGUAUUAUGCAGCCAAGUGAAGCUGGGUGCUUUAACAUCAAUUCAUCUCUUGAAGCUUCAUUGCACAAGUAUAUUAGAACUAUCUAUUUGGACCGGUUGAAAUCAGAAAUUAUAUGUCACUAGUGAAAAAUAGUUAAGUGUUUACAUCAUGGGACACUUUUCAUCAUUCCUUUUUCAUAAAGCUUGUUCAGGUGACCCUGCUGCUAUUAUGCUUAUACUGCUGGGGGACCUCCCAUGAUGCAUCAAGCACCUCUCCUCUCCUCACUCUCCAUACAUUUAUAUUCCACCACUGCAUGUCAUUAACUUUGUGUCUCCUCCUUCCCAUAGUUUAUGCUCUCUCCCUGUACCCUCCCUUGUAUAAAAUGAAUAUAAUUUAAUUGAACUCAAUUGGCUUGAUGGCUUGGCAGAGAGAUUGGCCAGCAAAUCUCCAGUUGUCUACUACAGUGUUCUUACACAGGGGAAUAUCUGUGCAAAUGGUCUCAGUAGCUUAUGCCAAUGAUGCUAAGAUGUGCUUGAAAAGCGACUCAGCCUUCCCCCAGAGGUGCAGGACUGGAUAAAACAGGCAGAUCGAACAAAGAACUUAAUGCACCAGGGUUCUGCGCACCACAGGUCCCCCCAUGUGAUACUGCACUCGACCGUCUGAUCCCACCUUGUCCAUGCUCCCUGCUGUCACAUUCCAGCUGACUUUUUCUACUGCUUUCACCGCCUGCUGCCUCUCUUCCACAGACUUUGUCAUAGUGGGGCAUGGGGAACAACCCCGGUCCCGCUUGUCCAGUAGUCACCAAGUCUAUUAGUGCACUGUGGUGCAGUCUUGCCUCUGCCUUUUCAACAGCAUCCUUGGCCGUCCAUUUCUUGCCUGUCUUCAUAUCAAUGCCAGCUUGAGAGACCUUGGGGUUGCCUGACUGUCUGUGUUGCAGCACUUCCCUGGCACGGAUGUUCAUGAACUCCUCUGUGAUGGAACUAAGAGGAAGUUAGUCUUGUUCUUCUUCCAGUAUAAGGCUGUGUUGCUCAAUAAUCUUGGGAGUCCCAGCCACCCCUGCUGGUGCUGGAAAUCUUCUUUUCUAGUUCUUCCACAGCUGAUAUUGCCACCAGAUACAUGGGAGGAGCCAACACUGGCAAAUCGAAGCCUUACUUGCCUGCUCUAACUUGUCUACUGAAAAAGAACUUAAUACACCAUUGUUGGGUUCCUCCAUUGAGGUUCUGAUUGACUCUGCGGCCUUUAAUGAGCCAAGGCUCUUUACAGGCUUCUUCAUCAGGUUUGGCAUACAGGUUCCCCCCCACUGUGAACUGGCAGCAAUCCACCAGCUUACCACCUCUGAUCACAAGGGGACUUGUGUCCAUGCAAUGAGGUCCUCCCCAGUCCCCACAGAAUCCAGCUUCAUCCUGGAGACAUCUUUGUAGUGACUGUCAGGUCAACCAUGAAUGCUCUGAUGGGUGGUUGUCAGAUCCCAGAUUUGAUCAUAGGUCCCCUACACUCUACCUCAGCCAACUUCACCACAAUGUUCAUUGCUACAAACAUGAUACAGAUGUCAUAUCCACACCCCUCCUACUGCCAUAGGUGGCACCUAUAACACAGUAAUGGGGCCUAUUGUGUGGAGAAGUGAUGCCCAUUGAAGCCCAGUGUUACAUUUUUGCAACAUUAAAAUAAAUGCAUCCAAAUCAUGUAUAUUUUACUUUAAAAAAAUGUAUUAAAAUAUUCUAUUACUAAACAUCUUUAGGAUAAAGAAAAAAAUACUACAGGUCAAAUAAUUAGAUAAUUGUUGAAAUUGGCCUAAAUGAGAGAACUGUAAAUCUUACAGUAUUACUAUUUUCCCACCAAAAAUGUUGCAGUGAUACAGUUCAGAAUCUGGGGUGUUGGGAUACGUAGCGUUUGUCUACAAUCAGUCAGGAGUACUGUAGGUACUACAGAUAGCACUAGACCAGGAGUGGGUAAUCCCACUCCUCGAGUGAUGCUGCCCUGCUUGUUUUUCGGGUAAGUUCAGUCAAUCAGAAG